GGGACCGCCUGUGUGACGGUGGACUCCGUGGCAAGAAGGCGACUCACAUGAGGACCCGGACAGACUACCCCAUCUGAUACCACACAACUCAUCAGCCAGGAUGUGCUGCAGGGUAUCCACUUGCUGCUGCAUCACGAAUCUGCGGCUCGCCACGCUCAUCAUUGCUGUCCUCAGUUUGAUGGGCAACGUUGGGGUACUCGCCUACGCGUCGUGGGACAUCAAGAUGAGCGGGCUGAUCUUGCAGCAGCUGCUCAAAGACGCCGGAUCGGGGGAGAAGGACUUGAUGCUAGUGAGAAGCUUCAGAGUCGGUAUGGCGAUUACAUCGGUGAUCUUGGUGCUGUCCAUCGCUGCCAUUCUCCUAGACGUCGUGCUGUUCUUUGGAGCUUUUAGACGCCGACGGGACCUGGUGCAGUGUUGGACACACGGACACGAGGUAGUGUCUGGAGCUUACCUGGUCUACUUCUGGUUUGUGCUCGUGAACAACUUCGCCGCUGGCUUCAUCCUAUCUGGCUUCAUGUUUUUGGCCUCAACCAUCAUCGCCGCAGUGGUGACGGUGUACUUCUGGAUAGUUGUACGUAGCUUCGACCUCAAGCUGCAACGGACCAACUUGAGAACAGUGUCUGCCAGUUGCCGUCAACCCAGCACCAAGAGUUACGAACCGCCACCGGGAACACUUUAUUCGCCCCCACCCUAUACCAGCAAUCCCUAGACCGGACCCGCCUCUGCCACUGCUCCAGGUUUCAGACUUUCUGCUACUUUUAGUCGAUCACCAUAUCACAUCCGACUUACGCAGCACAGCUGGAAUAAAUCAAGUUUGUGGCUGACAGAUGGUAAGCCGAUAAACGCCAUGUGCUCUAGCAUUCGAUACUCCCGUGAGCAAUGAAGAUGAAAUAAAACUGUGGACUUGCAGAUUAAGGAGGAGAUGGGAAUAGUGGUGGUGACAGCUGGAUCGGCAGCUGUAGUAAAUGCAUCUGCCAACAGUACGUCAGAGAAGUCCCCAUACGUCUACAUCAAAAUAGUACAAUGUAUAUUGUACUUGCAUAUAAUAACUAUCUAUCCAAUAGGCCUGUCAUGCCUUCCACAGAGAUCUAGGCGUCUCCCUGUCCUUCUCAAAACCUCAUGGAGCAAGAAUUCCUCGACAGUUUUGGGUGAUUUUUCAUUAGUCUUGCGCAGAUGUUGAGCCCCGUGGGACUCGCAUAUACCCCAUAAUGAGAUGUGUGGUCUGGUAAAGUUUGAGCUUCUUGGUUGCCACCUCCGUAUGGCUGGAGAUGUUGCUGGGCCACGCUAAAUAAGCCACCUCGAAGUUGUUCUUCAAGGAAUCCAUACACCCGAACAGCGAAGUGUGCUGCUGAUGUAAACACAGAUAGCCAGUGAUAGCUUUGUCUUCGAGCUGAGGUGCUGACAUCAUUUUGGCCGUGCGGUUGUAGGCGCUACAGUCUGGAACCGAGCGACCGUUACGGUCGCAGGUUCGAAUCCUGCCUCGGGCAUGGGUGUGUGUGAUGUCCUUAGAUUAGUUAGGUUUAAUUAGUUCUAAGUUCUAGGCGACUGAUGACCUCAGACGUUAAGUCGCAUAGUGCUCAGCGCCAGCUGAACCUUUUUUUUUGACAUCAUUUGGAAGAAUACCAACAAAUUAUUUCCCAAAUUCUACGAAUUAAGGAGUGAUUUGGGGGCUUGCUCAACUGCCGUAGACAUCAAGCAUUACAGCGAGCAUGUGGCGCCAGAGAAAUAGAUACGAUUGGCUGGCAGCUGACCACUACUAUUCCACCCAGAUAAACGUCAGUCACAAAGCUGCUUUAAUCGAAGCAUAGCCAAGAUUUCCCAGGAAACUUUGAAACCUCUCUCCCAUAACACUCUCACAGAUCCAAGCAGGUAACGAGCUCGGCCACAGCACCGAAACUGUCGCUGCAACAAAUCGUGACACGUUUUGCAACUUCCUGAAAUGUCAGUGCAUCGUUUCCUGUCGAAAUAUUCCGUUCAUGCUAGCGAUACGCUUUUUCAACAUCGGAGAGUUAUUAAACGAAAAGUUUCUACUUUCCAGAGAUCAAAUCUGAAUGCAUGUUCAAGAAAUCAUUGAAUGGGAAUGUUACAGUAAAUGGACGAGAUCAUUUGUGUACAAAUUGGGAACGAAUACGUACUCUAAUCUUCUCCACUGUGUAUAGCAAUGGUACAGUUUUUCGUUAGUAUCUUGACUGAAAAGCAGAACAUCAGGGCUACGGAAUUCGCAAAAAAAUGCAUGACAGAAUAUUCUGGUGCGAUAUUCACCGACACGGAACUACAAUAGGACGUCUGAAGAGACUGUAAAAAUUUCAUCUUGAAAUAGGACAGCAUCAAUUCGGCGAUUAUUAUUUAGGGCGGGGGAACACCGACCUGAAAUCCAAAUCGAUACACAUUUCAUGAAGUCUGCAGAGGAUUCCUAAUGUUAUCCUAUGAUUCACGUGAAUCCUUACAAACCCGUACUCCCUCAAAUACUAUCCUUAUUUAUGACAUUCUACCAUGAAGAUAACUUGGGAACAGAAGAUGUUACAACCUGGAAGGCAGAUGUGGAGUCCUUUUCCCUUCUUAUGUUGUCUAACGUACUGCAUUGCUAAGGAUAUUUAAUUUUAAAGAUACAUCAGAACAACAUAUAAUGUCUCGUUGAAGUGGAAUAUCUGUGCAAAAUUUUUCACUGCUUCGUAGAUAAGAAACUAUGACUGUAGUUUGUAGAUUUUAAAGCUAGUGAAUUUUAUAUGAAAUAAACCAAAAAAUAAUGUGCCAAUGUCA